GCGGGAACACCAAAAACCCUCGAAAUGAUUGGUUGGUCGUGGAAAGAGGGCGGGGCCCUCCGGAAUUCCAGCUCCGGCCGCAGGGGCUGUGCGGUCAGCAGGGGGCGCGCGUCCGGGUCUUCCCGGCAACCGGUGACAGGGCCGCGAGGGGCCGGCCACUGGCCAGCGGGGAGAGACCGUGACCCCAUCCCAGCGCCGGACGCCGCUCCGCUUGGUGGCCGCGCGCUCCUCAGCCACUUCCUCGGUCCACGACGCGGGGUCGGCGGGCCCGCCCAGCUGGAGCUGCGCGCCGUCACAGGAGCCAUUCGGCGACCGGGCAGAGCACCCCUGCCCCUCCAGAGGCACCAGAGGAGGACUUCCCACGCUGGCUGCUCCUGCCCUGCACCGAGGGGAGUGACAGCCCCAGAGCUCACCUCUGCAGACAGCUGCCAGGAGCACCCUGUCGGAUCUGGGGGUUCCACCGGAGGUAAGCAGAGUGCAGAGAUUUGCUCUCCACAAAGGGGUUCGUCUGCUACUCCUGGUUCUCCGAUCCCCGGACCUGGGCAGAAUGACUGCCAACGACUCGGACUCCCAGAGGCUUCUGGAGUCUGCCCCUUCCCUUCCCAGCCCUUCCUGACGAUGGGGACAUGCUUCUUGGACGCUGCCAGCAGCUUGUGACCGCGUUUGCUGUGAACUGAUCUGUGCACGCUCCUUUUCCCCACCUCCUGGGUCCUGAGCUGCCCUCUCCUACCUGGGGCUGGGUACUUCCUUGCAAAGCCAAGGAACAAUGUUUUAGGGUUCCUCAAAGACUUGCCUGGCGCAGGCCUCAGCUCCCUGCGCACCAGGUUUGCGGCUUCUGCCCAGGCUGCUGCCGGACCCCCACCCAUGCGCGUCCUCGGAGUGCCGCUUUGUCCUGCGCAGGCCUACCUAGCUGAGCUCCCCCAGCACAGGACGGCAUGGGGGGAGCUAAGCCCCGGGAUUCUCCAUUGCCUGUGCUCUACUAGCGCAUCUCCGGAUGGGGACCCCCCAGUCUGUGGCCAGUGAGCAGGCCGGACACCCCCAGUCUGUGGCCAGAGAACAGGCCGGGCACUCGUCCCCACUCUGUCCCAGCGUCCAGGCCUCCCGGCUCCCGUGCAGAGCGCAAGCUCCGCUCCACAUGUUUCCUGCUGGUGUGCCUCCCGCCCUCACAGGUGCCACGUGGACACCCCCUUCAUACAGGUGGAACUCGGCGGCUUUGCAUCCUCUCGGAGACGGACCACGCGAGGAAGUUAGGGGAACACGGAGCCAGCGUUUCCCUUGGCGGGGCUGCUGGGGUUCACUGUGACCUCCCCACAGGGCUCCAGGUGCGGGGUGAGCCUGGCCGCAGCCGCUUCCGGACCCGUUGCAACCCCUGCCUGCAACCACCCCUCCCCGCCGCAGCGCCCCCUGCCCAGGCCUUAGGGACACCAAACGUCCCCGCAGGCCGGGCUCGCCAUGUUCCCGGCGGCAGGGGUGGCGGCGAGGCCCUACGCUUGCAGCGAGUGCGGCAAGAGCUUCGGCUACAGCUCUGUGCUGCUGCGGCACGAGCGCGCCCACGGCGGCGAGCGCCGCUUCCGCUGCCUGGAAUGCGGCGAGCGCUGCGCGCGGGCCGCUGACCUCCGCACCCACAGGCGCACGCACGCCGGCCAGACCCUGUACAUCUGCAGUGAGUGCGGCCAGAGCUUCCGUCACAGCGGCCACCUCGACCUGCACCGGAGCGCGCACCGGCGGCGCGGCCGCGUCUGCCCCUGCCGCCUCUGCGGCCGCCGCUUCCCCCACCUGCCAGCGAUGCUUCUACACCGGCGUCGCCACCACCCCCCCGAGCGGCCGCGCCGCUGCCCGCAGUGCACCCGCGCCUUCCGCGACAGCGCACUGCGUUUCCAUCAGGCUCGGGCGCACCCCGCAGGACCCACCGUUUUCCCCGCCACCAGCGCGCUCCGCCCCCACGAGGUGCUACUGCCGCGGGCCGUCCAGGACAGUGCGCAGCUACAGCGGCGAGCGCGCAUCCCGGCGGCCCGGGGAGCCCAAGACAGUGCACCCGCGUCGCCGCGCCCCGCGGAGGCGCACCAAUGCGGCGUGUGCGGCAAGAGCUUCGGCAAGGGCGCCACGCUCGCGCGACACCUGCACACGCACUCGGGCGAAAAGCCCUUCACCUGCCCCGAGUGCGGCAAGCGCUUCUUGGAGAACGCCACGCUGGUGCGUCACUGGCGCACGCACACGGGCGAGAAGCCGUACGCGUGCGGCGACUGUGGGCGCUGCUUCAGCGAGAGCUCCACGCUGCUGCGUCACCGGCGCAGCCACCGAGGUGAGCGGCCGCACUCGUGCGCCACCUGCGGCAAAGGCUUUGGGCAGCGGUACGACCUGGUGGUGCACCAGCGCAUCCACACGGGCGAGAAGCCCUUCUCGUGCCCCGAGUGCGGCCGAGGCUUCAGCGACCGCUCGGACCUCACCAAGCAUCGGCGUACGCACACGGGGGAGAAGCCCUACGGCUGCGAGCUGUGCGGCAAGCGAUUCACCUGCGUGUCCAACCUCAAUGUGCACCUGCGCAACCACGCCGGCCACAAGCCACACAAGUGCCCCGAGUGCGGCAAAGCCUUCAGCGUGGCCUCCAAGCUGGCGUUGCACCGCAAGACCCACCUGGGCGAGCGGCCGGCAGAGUGCGCCCAAUGUGGCAAAUGCUUCAGCCACAGCAGGUCGCUGUCGCAGCACCUACGGGCCCACACGCGUGCCCGCACCGCUGCCACCGCCACCCAGGCUGCAGUUGGCACUGCCCUCGCCUUUGCGGGGCCAGCCCUACAGGAAAAGCCAGGGCUCUUUGCGUCCCCAUGGAGGGGGACUUGCUGA